UACCUUGCAUUAAAAUAAUUCAACGGAAAAAAAUAUUAAAAUACCGGGGUAGAGGAAAUGAGAUGACAUCGUGAACUCAGACAGAAAUGGGCCAUAGCUGGCCUAUGCUCUGCUCGUGGCUAUAUAUAUAAUACAAGUCUCACCAUUCUCUUCUCUCCAACUCACUCUUCUCAAUCCCCAAAUUCAUAAACCCUAGAAAACUGUAAACCAAAGAUCGAAGAUGGCAGCCGCAGGUGUGACGGAAUUCCUGCCCAAGGAGUACGGCUACGUGGCUCUGACACUGGUGGGUUAUUGCAUUCUGAACAUUUGGAUGUCGAUCCAGGUCGUCAAGGCUCGCAAGAAGUACAAUGUCCCUUACCCGACUCUCUACGCCGUCGAGUCGGAGAACAAGCAAGCCUCCCUCUUCAACUGCGUUCAGAGAGGGCACCAGAAUUCGCUGGAGAUGAUGCCGGUGUUCUUUAUGCUGAUGGUGUUGGGGGGACUGAGGCACCCCUGCAUCGCCGCCGCUCUCGGCGCUUUCUUCAUCUUCACCCGCUACUUCUAUUUCUCCGGCUACGCCACCGGCGAUCCCCAGAAGCGUCUCGCCAUCGGUAAAUACGGGUUCUUGUGUAUCUUCGGGCUGAUGGGCUGCACCAUUUCCCUCGGCAUCACUCUCCUACGAGCAUAGAGAUUUUGAUUGCUGUUCAUGGGUGUACUCUCUGUAGUAUCUAAAACUAUGUAUCUUUGUUCUCCCGGUUUUACUAAUUGACAGCCUUGUUUCGAGUACGUCAUGAAAUGCGACUUGAGUUUGAGUACUUGCUGUUUCCUACCUAGCUUUCUGUCCAAUUGCUAUCCCAGUUCUCUCACAGAGCUUCACUGCAAAUAGCCAUUACAGCACUUUCUCCUGUGCUUGAAUUGAAGCCUGGAUUUUCUGAUCUGGACAUCCCACACUGCCAUGUUGUUAGAUGAUCUGCAGGGUAACAAGUUUGUCAUCAGAAGUCAUUUGAAUGAAGAGCAACAACCAUUAAGAUUAGCCGAGCUGUUGUUGGUGUGCUGAAUUGUUAAAUUUUUAGUGUUGCUUAAGGAUUAACUAUGAUAGAAGUCAACUUAUUAGUUACCAUCCAUCAGGACUCAGGAGAUUCAUACAAGUAAGGUGGAGUAAGUUCAUGUUUGACUGUUUUGAGGCACGGAUGCUUCGAUCUGCAGGACUCUGCUUCCUGCUUCCCAUGUCUCAACUGGAUACCCCAAUCUCCAUACUGCGCCUCCACAUCAAAUAUGAUGACGAGGAACUCGAAUGGGUUUUCCUGAUUAGAGCUGCCCUUAUAAUCAAACACCAUAGGAUCACCAGGAAGCAUAUAAUUUGAACAAACAAAUUGUACUAUUAUUUUAGUUUACAUAUAUAGUUACGAAUCCAAAAUUACGGGGGGGAAUCUAAAGUUAACAAAGAAGGGAAAUAAUGAAAUUAAGUAACUUUCUUAGGUAAUUUGGUCCCUUUUUUCCCCCAAAAUUGCUCAAUGUGUUCUGGAUCAGAACCUCAUAUUUGUGAUACCAAUGUGAUCUUCCAAGCCAAUAAAUAAAAUAGGUAAAU